CCUACCACUCGCAGUAAUGAAAGGCUUCCUGUAAUCAAUGAGGCAGCUUCUGCCACCAAGGUCGGCCAGAAGCCUAAAGCAGGCAAGCCCACCAAGCACUCCGAGGCCAAAAAUAACGAUGAAGACGAAGAUGAGGAAGACGAGGAAGACUUGGAGUCAUCGGGCUCUGAGUUUGCUGUCAAACUGGGGCUUGAUGAAGAUGAAGAUGAAGAUGAGGAAGACGAAGACGAAGAUGAAGAUGAAGGUGAUCUUGAGGACGAGGAUGAGGAGGGAAGCAGGAGCGCAACCAUAACUACGAAGAGCAAAGACAAGAAGACGAACAGCCGUGCACAGAUGACAACGACAAGCCGUGCCUUGCAAGCCGAACUUGAGCGUCCUCGGUUCAAGACCAACAACUUUCCAACUGGUAAAGGAAGUACUACCACUCGGAAAGAAGGUGCUGUCACCACCACCAUAACCGCCGGCGCUGUCACCACCAAUACUGCCGGAAAUGUCUCUGAACCCCAGACCAACGACCAAGAAGCUGCUGCUCUCAGUGAGCAGCCGCCAGAUGCUGAUAUCACUGCGCUGGUCUUGAACGCAAAAGGUCAGUUAAAUCUCAGUAGCCAGCAGCAAUCAGUCACACGCGUCAUGAACCGCUUUCAUGAGGAAUGCAUCGCUGAUGCGGCCUUCAACUGUGGAAUCUAUCCCGUCUCUCUGCGGGUCCCAUCUCAGCUUGACCUUCUCAUUGGGGCUGCGACUAUCGAGGAUGUUCCAGAGAUAGCAGCAAAAGUGAUGGCUGAUCGUGACUAUGCUGCGAAGAUUAUUGCGUCGGGCGAGCAACGCGUUGUGCUCAUACGCGGCAACCUCAAGGGGCUGUGCAAAUCCAGCGUGCCGAAGGAACCAGGCCAUGCUUCCAUCGAGUCAGGAGCCCUGGUACAUGACCUUGGCUACAUCUUCCCUGGCGAUAUCAUGGGCCGCGUUGAUGGCAGUGCUCCAUUCAAGCGUCCGAUCUUCGCCGAGAUCAUUAAAGAGACUUUCUUCUCACCCCGCCGUGGCAAGCCUUCACUUGCAGUUGCUCACUCCGUCCGGUUUGUGUCAUCCAGCACUGAGAAGCCACUCGAGAAGGAAAUUCCCGUACCAAUGCUUGCUCUCGCGAGUGCUGCG